AUGGCUAUAAAUAAAGUAAAGUACGGCGAGUACAUGAUUUCCCUGUUAAGAUGCCACGCAGGACGACGUGGACUGAGGAUUGAGGACGCGAACGCACUCAAGAUAACCGUAAAUAUUCCACCCCUUCCCCAAACCCCAACCAUCCCGCUGGCGUGCGCUCUCUACGACCCCCACGAUGUCUCGGCAGUCGGGUCGCACGCCGCUGCCGGGGCUUGGUGGGGGCCACAUCACACACACCCACAUCCCCCACAUCCGCCACAUCCAUCGCACCCACACCCCACCUCAGCCAGCGCCUCGGCGGUCGCGCUGCAGCACCACCAACUGCAACACCAACAACAGCAGCAACAGCAGCAGCAGCAGCAGCAGCAACAACAGCAGCAGCAACAGCAACAACAGCAGCAACAGCAGCAGCAGCAGCAACACCAACAAUUGCAACAGUCCGCGCAACAUUUGCAGCAAUUGCAUCACCAUCCGCACCAUCACCACCACCUGCCUCAGACCCAGCCGUUGCACCACCAUCUGCAGCAGCACACAGUCGUCUCCUCCGCCUCGGUUGCACUCUCCACGCCAUCCGCCGUACUCCAGCAGCAACAGCAACAGCAGCAGCAGCAGCAACAGACGACGCCCACAACACAUUCCACGCCCACACAUGCGGCGAUGUAUGAGGAGCCGGGGCCCGUGCAACAGCAACAGCCGCCUCUCCAGCAUCUGCCCCCGCCACAGCAGCAACAACAGCAGCAGCAGCAACAACUUGCAACAACCCCGGUUAGCGGCGCCCUUAGUCCCGCCCAAACUCCUACGGGUCAAGCCGCACAGCAGCAACCCCAACACCUCACAUCACCUCAUCAUCAGCAGCAGCAACAACAACAACAGCAGCAGCAGCAGCAGCAGACACCGAGUAGUGCACCAAGUGGUGGCGCCACGUCUGCUCUGCAACAAAACUCGGUUGUGGCAGCCGGUCAAAGCCAAAUUGUUGCACCAACAACGGCGAGUGUUUCUCCCUCCAGUGUCAGUUCUCAGCAAGCAGACAUGUCCAUCUCACUAGCGCCAAUACAUAUACCCGCGAUCAGGCCCGGCUUCGAGGCGGACGCAACGACGCCAGUUAAGCGGCACGGGCAUCCGUGGCCCUAUGAGAACGAGUUCAACCAGUACCAUGCCACGCCAUAUUAUAUCGACAGGGAUCGCAAGCCGAUGUUCUACGGUUACCCAGAGACCCAGUUUCAGCCUCCAUAUUGGCCCAACUACCGUGAUCAACCGAAUGCCGCUGCAGCGGCGGUCUACAUGAGCGCCACCGAUGAGCGCCAUGCAUCUGUCAGCGCGGCGGCAGCGGCGCGACAGUCCGUCGAGGGCACCUCGCAGUCCAGCUACGAGACUCCCACCUACUCCUCCCCAGGUGGGCUGCGCACCUUCCCCGAGGCCUACUCGAGCACAGGCGCAUCCGGUGGCCUUUCAGUGGGUGCAGUGGGUCCAUGCACACCGACAAAUGCGAUGCACGAAUGGACCGGACAGGUGUCGGUGCGAAAAAAACGCAAGCCGUACUCCAAGUUCCAAACACUGGAGCUGGAAAAGGAAUUUCUCUUCAAUGCGUACGUGUCCAAGCAGAAGCGCUGGGAGCUGGCACGCAAUCUGCAGUUGACGGAGCGUCAGGUGAAGAUUUGGUUUCAAAAUCGACGCAUGAAGAACAAGAAGAACUCGCAGCGGCAGGCCACCCAGCAGAAUAACAACAACAACUCCAGCAGCAACCACAACCAUGCGCAGGCGGCACAGCAGCACCACAACAACCAUCACCUGAACUUGGGUCUGAGCAUGGGCCACCAUGCCACCAAGAUGCACCAGUGACCUUUGGACAACAGCAGCGCCGGCGCCAUGGGCUUUGCCACCUACUAGCAGUUAGCCAAUCCCAAUCACAACAAUUCCCAACCGAAUCCGAAUCCGAAUCCGAUUCCGAGUCCGAACUCGAUUUCAAAUCCAAUUAAGAACGAAUUGAUAUCGAUCGACUUUCCCUGCUAGUUGAAGGCAGCUUGAAUUUUCACCGUUCUGUAAAUAUAUGUUCGGAAGUGAGGAAAGCUGUGCAGGAGGAGCUACGAGAGCGGAUUGAGGACGAGGUGGUGUGAGGCAAUCCCAGCGUUGGCGUCGCUGUUUUCAAAGCUUAAAUUGUUUGGCAUAGAAUUGCCAAGUAGAGUUGAGAAUCUACGUUUAAUGAAAUGUAGCUAACUAAUAAGUCAGUUCUUACGAUAUCUAAAAACAAGCUAAACAAAUGUUAAUCACCCAGUCUAUUGAUGCUUGGUGCAGUAGUUGAAUACUAGAGAGACAUAGCUGCAAAAAGAUAAUUAAAUCAGAAUUCAGAAAUCAGAAAUCAGAAAUCAGAAAUAGAAGGAAGCACAUUCAGUAGUUGUACUAAAUAUGA